UAUUUACGUUUGAAGCAUACCGUGUGAACUUUGAGGACGUUGAUUGAACACUGCAAUGCAAAUUACUAUAACAUAAGUGUUUAAAUUAGACAUAGUGCCAAGAACAUGACCGAUACCGUCGUCUUUCAUGCUCAGCUAGCCUCCAUCAUUGAGGUUUUGGCGAAUGCAGCCGUUGCCGAAAUCUGCAAACUUGUAGAUGACGGACAUGCUGCCUUACGUUUGGAAAUUUCCCAUAGUCAGAAAGAAAUCGAUAACCUGCGGAGGAAGCUGCUUUUGACAAAAUACCAGAGUUCUCAACAGGGCACAGAGAAAUUCGGAGCCCUGCGACGCACAGUUCACUGGCGCGACACCAAUCGUGUUGCCCGAGCAAGAGGGAGCUUAGUAGUGGAGAAUUGUUUUGCCGACAGUGAAAGGGGCAACUUAACGCAGGAUGUCACCAACUGGAGAGACUCAGGACGCACAGCAACAGACCAGGAUGGGAGCAUGCAGGUGGCAGAUAUGCAAGAGGCACCUCUUAUCAAAAUGGAGAACCUUGACACCAGUAGAACGGAAGAGAUUGUCCAACUGGUCAGUGAGAACAGUGAGAAGAUUGUGCCAGAACCAGGUUCUUCAUCCUCUACUGAACCCACAGACCAUCUGGGCCAGCAGGGCAACAGACACAGAGCUCCAGACACCUCACUCAACAUAGAACCUGAAAACCAGACGUUCCAGCAUCCAGCUUCACAAUACAGCAGAGCAAGACAGGACCAUCAGGUUGCUGAGGGUGUGACCUGGGAAACUGACCAUCAACCCAUAGAAUACAGCCUGUCCCAAUGGACAGAGAACCAAGAGACUGACAACCCAACUGUGAAUGCUCCUCAUAAUGCAGGGCCAGACUCCAAGAGGCUGUCUGGACAUCCAGAGAGGAGAGGGGUGCCAGGUAACUCAGGGGUCUGCAUGUCUGCUUCAGGAUCUCUGGACUGGCUGCCUGAUGUGGUGAUGGUGGACUCAGUUCCCAUUAAAGUGGAGGCAGAUAUGAGUUCAGAAUGGAGCAUAACUGGCCAAGAGGUGACAUCUGGAGAGGUUUGUUCAGAAAGCAGGCAGCUUGUGGACAACAGAGGAAAAGGGGGAAUGGAAUCUGGACAGACAAAGUGUCCCCCUGACACUCAACAUGCAGAGCAAGGGACAACUGUAGGAUCAAUGUCCAAGAUGUCAGAUUUCAACAGACUGUCCUCCCCAAACAGCUUUUCAUCCCCAAGUGUUACUCUCCACCAGGUUCCCCAAAGAGGGAAGCCAGCCCCCUUCCUGAAUUUCAACAUAAGCACCACUUCUUCAUCGAAAGGCAUAGAAAAGCAGCCACAACAGCUGACGUCUCACUCGCCCAAGAGUCAGCUCCAGUGCAGCCUCUGCGGGAAGCCCUUCCCCCAGCCGGCGCACCUGCGGAGGCACAUGCGGGUCCAUACAGGGGAGAAACCGUACGGCUGCAGCCACUGUACCAAGCGCUUCUCCCACAGCCACCAGCUGAAGAUGCAUGAGAGGGUGCACACCGGAGAGAAACCAUUUCAUUGCAUCUACUGUGGGAAGUGCUUCACCCAGUCUGGCCACAUGAAGAAGCACCUCCUCGUCCACACUGGUGGCAGGCCACAGGACGUUGUGCUGCCCUGAGUGUUCCAGGGUGAAGUUCCGACUAGAUACAGAUCUAGGAUCAGCUUCCUCUCUCCCAAUCCUAACCUUUACCACUUAUGGAAAAAAAUGCUAAACUUACCCAACAUCAGCAUCUAGGGGCAGCUUCACACUUCUCCACCCGGUGUAAUAAUAUGCAGUGCCAGGAGUUUUUCCUCACCACGUGACAAGACCAAGGAAAAACUCAUGGGCCUAGUUGUAAGGGGAAUGGCUCCACACUACUGGGGUUUUCAUAUGAACACUGGGUCCAUGUGUUUUUAACAGUUUGGAUGUUUUCCACAUUGAACACGACCCUCUGUGUGUAGUGGUUGUGUUUUCAGUUCAGCUAGCUUAAUGCUUGGUCCAGAGUGGAUUGAUAAUGUAUAAGUUAUUACAGGUGAAGAUUUUAAACAUCCUCAAGAAUUUGUAUUGGUGCAGUGGUGAACCAAAGAACAGCAUUUAAUAAUUCUGGAAGCUCUGGACAGGUGCCUGGGUGAGCAAAGCCUGUUGGUGGUUGAGAGUUGGUUGCUCGGCUCUUCUCUUACCUGAACGCAGGAAAGAGGAGGAAGGUUCAGGGAAGAGGAGGAAGGUUCAGGGAAGAGGAGGAAGGUUCAGGGAAGAGGAGGAAGGUUCAGGGAAGAGGAGGAAGGUUCAGGGAAGAGCGCAACGGUGACCUCUUUUCUGGACAUCUACAUGGCAGAAGAGCAAAGCGACAGUUUCACAGACACCAACACAGUCCUGGCACUGUAAAUGGACAUGGUGACCUAGCUGGUGCAAGUAGAGAGAGUGCUGACUGGAAUGGUAUGCUGUCAGUGGUUGGGUUUAUAGAACUAUCUUCAUACCCCUUUACCUUCUUCAUCAUAUUCAGCCUUGGAAACCAUAUGCUGGUUUUUGAGUCCCAGAAUUGGAAUGAAUUGAAUUUCAACCCCAUCAAUUCAAUCAGAGUUCUCUCUGGUUUAAUUCCUUUCCAUUCUGACUGUUUUGAGCAGGUUUGGCAGGUUAGGAUGUGCAUCAUCACUGUAGACCUGGGGUCUUCAACCUUUCCUUGCCCAGGGAGCCCCGCCCAGGCAAACCGGCCAACCAGGGAUCCUCAUCAUAUGUUAGCAAAACAUUUUUCACAUGUCUUAAUUAACAUCAGGAGAAUGGCAGGGAGAAGUUAUCAACAUUUUAAAAUAAAUUAAAUUUUUAAAG